CUCCGUCCUCUCCGCUCGCUCUCGCUCUCGCUCUCGGCGUUACUCGCCCCCGGCGUACACACCAGGGCUUGCGCUCCCAAGACAUGACCCCUCGUACUCCCCUCUGCGCCACUCGGCACACCCGAAACUCCUCAUCAGUCACCCACCCCUCGCACAUCAGUCUUUCUUUCCCUCCAUCUCCCCCCGCCAUGGCCCGCCUCUAACAAACAGCACACACACGCACUCGACUUCACAAUGCCUUCAAGUAGACGCAUUAGCGCUCGUCGCAGUGGAGUCGAAUCACAUUCUGUUGGUCUCGAGGACGAACUCAGUUUUGGCUCUGAAGAGGAUCUCAUGGAGACCAUUGGCGAGAUUCAAGUCCCAGAAGAGCCACUCGACUCGCGCUCCAUUGCAUCGGCUUCUUCAUCCGCCAGCAAACCUAAACUUCCCAAACUGUCAAAGUCUACCCGCUCCUUUGUCCGUAGUCGCAAGGAGAGCUCCGCCAGCACCAGCUCGUCGAAGACGUCUUUGGCAAGCACCACCCACCUCCUCCCUCCCCUUCCGCCCGUGCCCUCGGGCUCCACCCUCGACCUCCCCGCCGACAUGUUCACCGAACGCGAGAGGCCAAGCAGCAGCAAGCGCGGGUCCAUCAUGGGCGCAUUCAAGUCCAAGGGCAUGGGCCUGCGCUCCAAGUGGAGAGACGACCACAGCAAUCGAAGCAGCUUUGUCACAGACACGCACAGCAUGGGCUCCACGUUGAGCCUGAGCAAGAUUGGGUCCAAUGUUUCGUCGCGUCCAUCCGUGUCGUCGUCCUUUGCCCACACGCCCCACGGUGGGCCGUCCCCUAACUCGACAGUGCCACACCUCGGACCACUUUCCUUUGACCAGUCAUCAGACCCUUCCUUCCACUCUGGGCAAAAGCAGCCUCCUGCUGGAUCCCACAUUGUCCUACACCCCUCGCUCCGCAACCUUGAGAACGCACCGGCCUCGGGCUCGCCCACAAGCAGCAUCGGCGGGCACAAGUCUUGGGGCCAGGGAGAUGUCGCGAGCGCCAUCCUUCCACCCUUCCCUGCCACGAUCGGGUCGCUCGAGCCCAUUACCGUGUUCAGCGCCGAGGCGUCCAAGCGCACCUCGUCGGCCUCCCGUUCACCCUUCCCGAACCGCUGGUCGCCCUGUACGCUUGUCUUUACGCAGUUCAAGGUGUCGCUCAACAGCGAGGACUCGCCAGGCAGCGACACUGAGCGCACCGUCGCACACAUCCAUGUGUACUCCAAGUCUGCCCAGGCUGUCAGCGGCAUGGCCAGCAUGGCAAGUGUCGGGUCGGCGGUGCGACGCACGAGGUCUAACGCUGGCAUCAACGGCGAGUCGGCCGGCCGUGUCGAGAUCGAGCGUCGCUGGUUGUCGAGAUCGACAACAGCAGCCCUAUGCGACGACGAGCCAGACGCCGACGGGCGAUCUGUCGUGAUGCGCAUCCUCUGGGGCGAUGAGGACGGCGCCACGAGUACCCAGUGGCUCGUUGAGAUGAAGGACACGAGGCAGUUGCAGGAGUGGAUCCGCCAAAUCAAGAAGACGGCGAUUAUGAUCAACGCCGAGGAGCUGGGGUAUGGCAGUGCGAUCCGUCCAGCAUUUGAGACCAAGGGAGUGUCGGCCGACGAGCUGGCGCAUCAGCUCAGCCUGCAUGCCAGAGCCGUCGCCGAGGGCGGCGCUGGAGGGAAGGCGGGCGGCGCAUUGCCUUCGCCGUCCGCCGCCUCUACCGGAGCAGGGAGCGAGGAAGAGCGCCGCCGACCGUCGCUAGAUGCGAUCCAGGGAGCGCCCUUGGCACGCAGCCACUCGGCGAGCGAGGCCAAUGCUCCUAAUGGUUCCCUCGGCCGGGCGCACCUCAACACUGGCUCUGAGGAGAAGAUGCCUGCUGCUGCACCUGCUGCUGAGGUUGACUGGUUCAACGGGCCGCGGGCCAACGGAAGCUCCACCGGCACUGCCACGCCCAACGACCUGGGAGGUUUGUUUGGUGGCAUGAACCUCGGCAUGGCGUUCCCCACACCUCCGUCUGAUCUGCCGCCUCCAAUGCGCCGCAAGCCACCUUCACCCCUCAACACCAUCCCUGCGCGCGUCGCGACGCCUCCCGUAACCCACGUAUCGGCGUACGACGAGGACGAGGACGUUGCGCCCGCCGCUGCACCGCGUCCACCCACCCCGCCUCUGAAGAAGGAAGAGGUCCUGACCGCGCACCUCCGCAAGCCCGCGAGCGUCGCGUCAGAGACCCCGAGCCAGACGUCGACGACGAGCCGUCUGCGACGCCUGCGGGGCAAGCCGCAGGUGAUUGACAUCAUGGCCGAGUUCAGCGCGGUGGAGGCGGAGAACAUGCCCGAGGACGAGGAGGAGCCGAUCCGCGAGGACCGCGAGCGGCGGAUCCGCUUUGCAGAGGAAUAGACGUGUAGCCGCUGCAGUAUACCUAUACCUGUGCGCUUGUUCUGUGUUAUUAUGUGCCUGUAUGCACUUGUUUUGUACG